GGCGCGGAGACAGAGAUGCGGUCUCCCGAGAUGAAGUCGCGGGUGGGGGGCGCGCGGCUGCUGCUGCUCUUGCUGGUGCUCGGGGAGGCCGCGUCGGCGCUCGGGACUGCGUGCCCGGCCGGGCCUGGGUGCCGCUACACCCCGGACUGGCCGAGUCUGGACUCCCGGCCGCUGCCGGGCUGGUUCGACGAGGCCAAGUUCGGGGUGUUCCUGCACUGGGGCGUGUUCUCGGUGCCGGCCUGGGGCAGCGAGUGGUUCUGGUGGCACUGGAAGGGCGAGCGGCGGCCGCCGUACGAACGCUUCAUGAGCGACAACUACCCGCCCGGCUUCAGCUACGCCGACUUCGGGCCGCAGUUCACGACGCGCUUCUUCCACCCGGACAGCUGGGCCGACCUCUUCCAGGCCGCCGGGGCCAAGUAUGUGGUCCUGACAACAAAGCAUCACGAAGGCUACACAAACUGGCCGAGUCCUGUAUCUUGGAACUGGAAUUCUCAGGAUGUGGGACCCCAUCGGGAUUUGGUUGGUGAGUUGGGAGCAGCCAUCCGGAAGAGGAACAUACGCUAUGGACUCUAUCACUCACUCUUAGAAUGGUUCCAUCCCCUCUACCUCCUUGAUAAGAAAAAUGGCUUCAAAACACAGCAUUUUGUCAGUGCGAAAACAAUGCCAGAGCUAUACGACCUUGUUAACAGGUACAAACCUGACUUGAUUUGGUCUGAUGGAGACUGGGAAAGUUCUGAUACUUACUGGAACUCGACAUAUUUUCUUUCUUGGCUCUACAAUGAUAGCCCAGUCAAGGAUGAGGUAGUAGUGAAUGAUCGAUGGGGUCAGAACUGUUCCUGCCACCAUGGAGGAUACUACAACUGCCAAGAUAAAUUCAAGCCAAAGACCUUGCCAGAUCACAAGUGGGAGAUGUGCAGCACCGUCGACAAGCACUCCUGGGGCUAUCGUCGCGACAUGGUGAUGGCUGAUAUUGCGUCUGAAUUUGAAAUCAUUUCGGAACUGGUUCAGACAGUAAGUUUGGGAGGCAACUAUCUUCUCAACAUUGGACCAACUAAGGAUGGCCUGAUUGUUCCCAUCUUCCAAGAAAGGCUUCUUGCUGUUGGGAAGUGGCUGAGCAUCAAUGGGGAGGCUAUCUAUGCCUCUAAACCAUGGAGGGUACAGUUGGAAAAGAACACGACAUUUGUAUGGUAUACCUCAAAAGGAUCAACUGUCUAUGCCAUUUUCCUGGACUGGCCAGAAAAGGGAGUCUUAAGCCUUAAAUCCCCCAUAACUACCUCUGCUACACAGAUAAUGAUGCUGGGAAUCCAAAAAGAUCUGAAGUGGUCCACAGAUCCAGUUAAAGGUCUCCUCAUUUCCCUGCCCCAGUUACUGCCCUCUGCUCUCCCAGUUGAGUUUGCUUGGACUGUAAAGCUGACAGGAGUGAAGUGAUCAUUGGCGUUCAAGAGGAAAGGGACACUACCUGCUGUUUGCUGCUUUGAUUUUCCUCUUCUGGUACCGUCAUUGUAAUAAACUACUCUUCUCUACCCAGA